AAGGAGAGAGCCCCGUGCUCCGGGGGCCCAGUACCGUUCAAAGAUGCAGGCUGCCGGGACGCUGCGUGGUACCAGGGCCAUCUCCCUUCUGGUACUCCUGGUACCUCUCAUUGGCUAUGCCUAUUCGAGUCCCAUUCAAUAUUUGCCCAGCAUCCCGGGAUACGUUCCCGUUUAUAUAAGAUACGGAGACGAACCGUUGGCGGGAAUAAAUCCCGAGUUGGCCGAAGCUUUCGGAGAGACAACAAAUUCGGUUAAGAGUUUACAGAAAAUAGACCACACACUUGUUCACGAGUCUGACAAAGAUGACGACAUAAACACUUUUCUGGAUGAACCGAAGAGGGAGCACGAUUAUCCGCUGCAUGUUCGAGCAGCGGAAAGUCGUUCAUUUGCCUCUGCCAACGACCCACGAAACCCUAGUAAACCAAAGCUUUUAAACAUUUAUACAUUACCUGAUGAUAAUGACAACAGGCCGCGUAGACGUUACCGAGGAAGAUCCAGGAUAAAGAAUUCUAGAAAACGGCCCGCGUUUAAGAAUAAUCCACUCUCCAACGAAGAAAAGGAAGAGCUGGAAAAACUGGCGAUUGAAGUGGAAAAAGAGGAAACUAAACCGAAUGAGCUUUACGCACCAAAUCCCAGACAUCCUGGCUCACCGUCCAAGAAUACACACAGUCAACAUGAAGCGUACGAUUUUAUUGCGCCGAUAAAAGUGCAAGCUCCACUCGAUGAAAGUUCGUUGACAAGCUUACCGAAAAUUCAUCAAAUCGACGAUUUUUCACAAUCGGAUCAAAAUAUUGCUAUAUUUGAAGAGCCGAAAGAGGAACCGCCAAUUAAAGGACAUCGGCCAGCUACAAUGUGGUCCAAUGUAAAUAAACUAUUGCCUAUCGAUUUGCCAAAUGAAAAUAAAACUAAUAAGGAUACUAUAUCUGGCGCUAAAGAAGUUAAAGAGGAACCGUUUACGAAAAUAAAUCUGUUAGAAAUACCUCAAGACACAGAUCUUUUGAAAUCUUCGGACGAACACAAUAUUGCUACGGCUGAAGGUGAUGAAGAACCACCUAUUAAGGUGCAACUCCCAUCAACAAUUUUGUCGAAUGUAGAUAAACUGUCACCCAUCGAUUUGCCAAACGAAAGCGAAACUAACGCAAAUAACAAAACGUAAGACUCGACACAGCCUACCGAUGAAAUCGCAACGAAUUAGAUAUUAGAUAAUCAAAGCUCUUUAAAAUAAAUUAUUUUCUAACUUAUUUGUAUCAGAGUAGUCCAAACGAUAUAUUCUUUUUCAAUCAUCUAAAUUGUUCCAAUGCUAAUAUUUUUAAUAUUAAAUAGUAAUUAAAAUAAAAAUUAUUUCUAAAAGUUAAUUUUGUACAAUUAUCAUAAAAUUUGUCAUAAAAUCUUGAUGUACAUUAAGAAAUUUAUGAUCAAAGAAAAAGUGUGAUUGGUUGAUAGACAUUCUGUAUAUUAUAAAAAUAAUAAGUUCGGAGCACAUUGCCACUUGCGUGAAUGAGAAACAUUUCUAAUUUUAGUUUGUAUUAUUUAUGAUACGACGAUUUAUAUAUUUAUGUUGUCAUAAAGAAUGCAUUACACUGCGGAUAUUACAGUCUUCUAAGUGCGAGUAACUGUUGUUGCUCCUAAGUUUGUAAAGUUUCUUUGCACAUUGUAAAUUAUGUUAAUGAUACAAUCAUCGUGUAAGGUUAUUUUAGAAUGUUUCUAAUAAAACCGCUUUCUAAUAAAA